AUGUGGGCUGGCCGCGUCUUACAUGCUGCGCUCUCCGGGGCCUCCCGCGGCCGCCGGGCGCAGUCGGCGCUGGCUCAGCUGCGUGGCAUCCUGAAGGAGGAGCUGGAAAGCAUCCGUAGAGCUGGCACCUGGAAGAGCGAGCGGGUCAUCACGUCCAGUCAGGGGCCGCACAUCCACGUGGACGGCGCCCCGGGAGGAAUUAUUAACUUCUGUGCCAACAACUACCUGGGCCUGAGCAGCCACCCUGAGGUCAUCCAGGCAGGUCUGCAGACCUUAAAGGAGUUUGGAGCUGGCCUUAGUUCUGUCCGUUUCAUCUGUGGCACCCAGAGCAUCCACAAAGAUCUAGAAGCAAAGAUAGCCCGCUUCCACCAACGGGAGGAUGCCAUCCUCUAUCCCAGCUGUUUUGAUGCCAACACCGGCCUCUUUGAGGCCCUGCUGACCUCGGAGGACGCAGUCCUGUCGGAUGAGUUGAACCAUGCCUCCAUCAUUGACGGCAUCCGUCUGUGCAAGGCCCACAAAUACCGCUACCGCCACCUGGAUAUGGCUGAUCUGGAAGCCAAGCUGCAGGAGGCCCAGAAGCAUCGGCUGCGCCUUGUGGCCACUGAUGGGGCCUUUUCCAUGGAUGGUGACAUCGCACCCCUGCAGGAAAUCUGCCGCCUUGCCUCUCAAUACGGUGCCUUGGUCUUUGUGGAUGAAAGCCACGCCACUGGCUUCCUGGGGGCCACAGGACGGGGCACAGAUGAGCUGCUGGGCGUGAUGGACCAAGUCACCAUCAUCAACUCCACACUGGGGAAGGCACUGGGUGGAGCAUCAGGGGGCUACACGACCGGGCCUGGGGCCCUGGUGUCCCUGCUACGGCAGCGGGCCCGGCCCUACCUCUUCUCCAACAGUCUGCCACCUGCUUCUGUCGGCUGUGCCUCCAAGGCCCUGGACCUGCUCAUGGAGAGCAAUGCCAUCGUCCAGUCUAUGGCGGCCAAGACCCUGCGAUUCCGCAGUCAGAUGGAAGCUGCUGGCUUCACCAUCUCAGGAGCUAAUCACCCCAUCUGCCCUGUGAUGCUGGGUGAUGCUCGGCUGGCCUUAAACAUAGCAGAUGACAUGCUUAAGAGAGGCAUCUUUGUCAUUGGGUUCAGUUACCCUGUGGUCCCCAAGGACAAGGCCCGGAUCCGAGUCCAGAUCUCAGCAGUGCACAGCGAGGAGGACAUUGACCGCUGCGUGGAGGCCUUCGUGGAGGUGGGGCGACUGCAUGGGGCACUGCCUUGA